AUGGAUAAGAAUUCAUUGAAAAGAAGAAACAGACUUCUUCAAAAAAAUGAAGCACGCAUGAGUAUACUACUGGGAAGAAAUCUGGAUGAAGAAAUUUUAAAGGAAAAAAAAGAAAGUAAUAAAAAUGAACACAAAGAAAAUGAUGAACACAAAAAAAAUGAUGAACACAAAAAAAAUGAUGAACACAAAAAAAAUGAUGAAAAUAAAAAAAGUGAUGAAAAUAAAAAAAGUGAUGAAAAGGAUAAAGAGAAUAAUCCUAGUAUGAUUACUGAAAAUAAUAAUAUAACAGAGAAGGAUAAUAAUAAAACAAGUGAAUAUAAAAAUUCAACUAAUAUAUAUAAUAAAGAUAAAAGUAAUGGUUAUAAUAAUAAAUUGUUAGAUAAAGAUGAUAAGAAUAAUAUUAAUAAGAAUAAAAAUAAAAAUGAUGAAAAUGAUUUUACAAGUAUAAAUAAUGAUAUACUUAAUGAAAAUAAUAUAGAUUCUCAAUUUAUUAUUAAUAAACAUGAAAAAUUACAUUUCAUCAUAUUAAUAAUUCUAUGUAUCCUUAUAAGUAUAUUUAAAGUAUAUUAUAAUGAAAAUAAUUUAAUUUAUAAAAAAAAAAAAGAAAAAAAUAAUUUGAAUAUUAUUCAGAUGAUUUUUUACAACUUUAUAAAUUCACCAAAUUUUUUUUUCUCCUUUUCUGUUUUUUAUAAUAUAGUUUUUUUGUUAAUUAAUAUGUUAAUAUAUAUAAAUCAAAAUAACAUAACACAAAAAAGGAUUAAAGAAUUUUUAGUAAAUAUGAAAAAUAAAUUGAAUAAUAAAAAUGAAGACAUAUUUUAUUUUAUAAAUAAAGCAGUUUUGUGUAUCCUUUUUAUGGGCCGAAUAUUUAAAUCAUAUAUCAUUUCGAUGUUUUUAGUAAAUUUGUUUCAUGAUAUUUUGCAUAAUUAUUUAAUACGUAUGUCUAUGUUACAACCCCCAAAGGUAGUAUUAAUAUGA